AUGUAUAACACCUCCCUGCAGCUUCCUAAAAUACUCUCGUUUCACAAAUUUGCUAGACGAGAACAGUAUACACAUAUGGACAAGUCUGAUAGUAGAAGGAAUUGGUCUGGUGGUGCAAUAGGAAGGCAAGAUUGCUUAUCCGAAAUAGAUUCUAGGAAUUGCAGGGUGAGAGAUUGGUCUGUUGACUUCUCAGCUGCUGGUGUCAACCUUGAUAGCUCUAAAGUUCCUGUUGAUAAUCAUUCACAGCAGAGCCAUUCAAAUGAGAUUGCAAAUCAGUUAAACUUUAAAGAGCACUCUGGAGAAAGUGGAGCUGCAGACAGCAGUAUAUUCACAAAAGCAUGGGUUGAUAGUGCUGGUAGUGUAAAGGACUACAAUGCUAUUGAGAGAUGGCAAUGUCAAGCAGCUGCUGCAAGUUCUGGUUUCUCUCAUGGGACAAUGCACGUAAAAGAUGAGGAGGAUUCAAACACGAGUUCAAAGUUACAUUUGUUGAAAUAUGAUGCACCAGCAAAUGAGAGUUCUGCUUCACACAUCGUAGUGAACAAGGAAAAGAGAGAUAAUCAACCUAGGGGGACAGACCGUAUUAAACAUGCUGUUGUGGAUUAUGUAGCAUCACUGCUCAUGCCUCUUUACAAAGCAAGAAAAAUUGACAAGGAAGCUUAUAAGUCAAUAAUGAAGAAAACUGCCACAAAGGUAAUGGAACAAACUACUGAUGUUGAGAAAGCAAUGCCUCUUUUUGAGUUUCUUGAUUCCAAACGCAAAAACAAGAUUCGAGCCUUUGUGGACAUGUUGAUUGAAAGACACAUGGCAAAAAAGCCUGGCACAAAAUAG